GUCGUUUGCGACUUUGCGGCAAUCGCGAUAUUUGUAGAGGUAUCUGACUCUCAACCGCCCAAGGGCGGCGUGUUGUUGCCAAUCGGAACCAGCAGCAAUGCUGAUACCGUCGCCCGACCCUGAACCAUUCAUCAUUGGGAGCAAGGAUAUGGGGGACAAAUGCAAAAGAGCUGGGCAGAUCGCUAACAAAGUUGUUGACAGCCUUCUGGAGAAAUGCGUGCCCAGCCAGUCAGUGCGGGAACUGUGCGAAGCGGCUGAUGCCAUGAUCGUCGCGGAGACAUCGUUGGUUUUUAAAGCCAACCUGUAUAAAGGUGUUGCUUUUCCAACAUGCAUCAGCGUCAACAACUGCGUCUGCUACUUUUCCCCCCUCAAGGCCGACCCCGACCGUCUGCUGGAUCACGGAGAUCUGGUUAAAAUCGAAUUGGCCGUCCACAUUGACGGAUACACCGCCAGCGUCGGAUAUUCACAUGUUGUUGGCGCUACGAUGGACAGUCCGGCGAGCGGACGCCACGCCGACGUCAUGCUGGCAACAAACGCCGCCAUGGAGGCCUACUCGCAGCUGAUCAAAGGCGGAGUUGAAUUUGAUUAUUGCAAAGCAAAGCGAAUGGUGGAGACCGUAGUCCAGGGCUUCCAGUGCAAGCUAAUGCACAUGCUCCCCGAAGGGAAAACGAAAUUCCACGUCAACGAAGUCGCUCAACUGGAGAUUCUGGUCAGCACGGGCGAAGGGCUGGCCUACGAGUACCUGGACACGGAGAGCAACAUCUUCCGCUGGAACGACCUCUCCGAUUCACUACCUCGCUCGGCUUCUCGUGGUGCGAAGAAAUUCCUCGCCGAAACUUCUAGCAAGUAUGGAACCUCGAGUUUUUCACUGAGGUACUUUGACGACGAGGAGACCGCCCGCCUGUCCGCCCAGGAGUGCGUCGAUCACGGUAUUCUGCUGGGGUUCCCGGUACUGUAUGAAAAGGAAGGCGAGCUAGUGGCGCUGCUCAAAUGCACCGUGGGUAUCACUCCCACCGGAAUCCAAACGCUCACCGGCUGCUCCUUGAACGUGGAUGCCUACAUAUCGAAUCACAAGAUCGUCGACGUUGAUUUAGAGGCGCAGUGCAGCUAUCGCGUGGAGAUGCGCGUAGAUCCAAAGUACCACUUCCAGCUGAUCGGUCAGAGCGUGCAACUGAACAAAAUUCGAGAUGAGUUCCAGGUGGAGCUGCAGUUCCCGCGCAGUGACGCGGCCGCUGAGGAUGCCGACAAGAUCGUCAUCGUCGGGCUGGAGUCGCAGGCGCACGCGGCGCGCGACAAGAUCCAGACCAUCGUUGAGGCCGAGAAGAGCCAGUCGCAAGUGAAGGUCCCCCUGGACAGCCGCAUCCACGCCCGCAUCAUCGGCGACAACCGCACCGGUCUGCAACAGCUGGAACACCGCUUCCAAGUCAAGAUCAACUUCCCGCGCCGCGACGAUGAGGACGCCAACGUGGUGACGGUGGUGGGCGAGGAGGGGAAUGUGCACGCCUGCGAGGCGGAGCUGAAGCGACUGGAGGGCAUCUACCUGAACGAUGUGGCGAAGAAGACCGCAGGUGCCCACCGAAGCACGGCAACGGGCCCGGGGCGUCAGGACGCCAAGUCGAAGCGGAAAAGCCCCGUCGCGAUGUCAGCCAAACCGUCCCGCCGUGGGCGACCAAAAAAGGGCGCCAAACCCCGCACUGGAGUGCUUAAGGGAAUGCUACGAAAAGCCUUACGUAACCGUCACGUCCGCGCGUUUUCGGAGGAAGAGAAACGAGAAGUAGUCGGUGUGUAUCGUACGUAUCCAAGCGAAGCCACGGAAAUUGCCAACAUUUUGAACUGUACAGGCUUGUCGCGUAACACCAUUUAUUCAUGGUUUGAUGAAUGUGAGCGCGCUUCCGGUCACACGUCGGUGGGAGGAUGAGUUGUUGCGUUUUUGCAGAGGUACACAGACGUAUGAAA